UGAUCCGGUAAUGGUAACACCAGGCUGAGAGACUAUCUACGAAUUCGAGGGGUACCAGGCAGCGUCCACCAGCCAGGCAGAGAAUGGCAGCAGCGAGAGCCGCAACGAGCACGAUGAUGCUCGGUCGAUUAUUCUUCCGCUCCACGCUUUAUUCGCAUCCAUCUACACGUUUGUUUCGGGCAACGUCGCCCUGUACUGGCCAUAGCAUUCUCCGGUGGCGAAUGCCUGCGAGUUUCCCCACGAUACGGUGCGCCUCGUCAAAACCAAGCGGCGAGGAUAAGAAAUCGCCAGCACGACUGGCAGAGGUUCAGCGGAUGCUCUCCGAAGCUGAGGAGCGAUACAAAGCAGCUGGAGGCGGCAAGGAGCCCGUUCCUAAAAUUACUCUGGAUCAUGUCAGUGUAAGUUAUGCAAGGAGCAGUGGACCUGGGGGUCAAAAUGUCAACAAAGUAAACACCAAGGUUGAUAUGCGAUUUAAUGUAAAAAAUGCUCAUUGGUUAAGUGAAAGGGUGAGGGAGAGGAUCAUGCAAAUGGAGAAAAACCGCAUCAAUCGAGAUGGAGAAUUAGUGAUUUCUUCUACGAAGACUAGAACUCAAAAGGGAAACGUUGAAGAUGCUUUGGCAAAAUUACAGGAAAUUAUAGAUGCUGCUUCAUACGUCCCACCCCCUCCUUCACAAGAGACUGUCAAGAAGAUAACAAAGCUGGCGGCCAUUGGAGAGCAGAAACGACUUGACAAGAAGAAAGCCCAGUCACAAAAGAAGGCUAUGCGAAGAAGCAGAGAUAGUUGGGACUAGCAUCAGGGAGAGGAUGAGCAUUGUUGUAUUAAUUGAUUACUGGCCUAAUGACUUCAGAACAAAUUCUAUUUGACAACACAAAAGUGCCAAAUUAUUGCUUUCAUGGGAAGAUUACCACUUGAAACUCCCUACCA